GUGCACCAGGUAGGAAUGAAUAAUAGAGAAGGCAUAGCAUUACCAGUGUUUCCUAUUCUUUCCUGGGCCACGAAUGCUUCAUUCUUUCAGUGCAAUGACACCUGAUUCACUUUGCAUCUUCCUCUUCUGCCAUUAGUGGCAUUUCGCUCUAUAGAAUUGCUUUCUUUGAUAAAAUAGUCUUCUUUGUUUCAACAAAUCCAUAAACGCUGGGCCACUUGGUUCAACUAUUUCAUUCAAGGCUGUCAGCAGGGAGAGCUUUAAAUCAAUACCACAAUGGCCCAGCUGCUGCCAGCUCAAGAAGCAGCCAAAAUCUACCACACAAACUAUGUACGUAAUGCUCGCGCUAUCGGUGUUUUGUGGGCAGUGUUCACCAUCUGCUUUUCCAUCAUUAUGGUGGUGAUUUUUAUCCAGCCUUAUUGGAUUGGGGACAGUAUCAACACACCACAAGCUGGCUAUUUUGGCCUAUUCAGCUACUGUAUUGGGAACGCCUUAACCUCUGAACUCAUCUGCAAAGGAAGUGCCUUGGACUUUGCGAGUAUUCCAUCAGGAGCUUUUAAGACAGCCAUGUUUUUUGUGGGCAUAUCCAUGUUUUUAGUUGUUGGGUCCAUGUUGAGCUUCAGCCUGUUUUUCUUCUGCAAUUCAGCGACAGUGUACAAGGUGUGUGCAUGGAUGCAGUUGGCAGCAGCAGCUGGCCUGAUGAUUGGAUGCCUUAUUUACCCAGAUGGUUGGGACUCUCCAGAAGUGAAACGUAUGUGUGGUGAUAAGACAGAUAAAUACUCACUAGGUGCUUGCACUGUGCGCUGGGCCUACAUCCUCGCUAUCAUUGCCAUCAUGGAUGCCCUCAUUCUCUCAUUUCUUGCAUUUGUGCUAGGAAACAGGCAGGAUAGCCUACUACCUGAAGACUUUAAGAUCCAAACCAAAGAAGAUGAAAGCGGCUGACCAGGAGAAAAGACUCUCUUUAUACUGGAUAAAUGGUUAAAUAAUG